UGAAUAAAUUAAAAAUAUUAUUCGAUACACGAACAUUUCGUCUGGUUUGUCCGUGCUCCACUGUUUUGCAGGACAGCGGUCUUUGCUUUUAUGCGCGUAGCAGGAUUUCCAACAAGAUAUUCAAGAUGGCGGCCGACACGAGGAAAAUCGAGCUGUGCCACAAAUUGGCCUAUUUUUUAGAAUCUAGUGUAAAAAGAGGAAAUGGAUGGAAAGAGAUAAAGGAUAUAUUGGAAAAGCUCAAGACCUGGACUAGAAAUCGCGACAACCGUGUAAAAGUAGAGGUAUCGGAUGUCAAACUGGCUAGUUCAGUUCUGUCAAGAAGCUUGUUAGUAAUAAAAGCUUACCAAGGUGCAGGUGAUGAUCUGGAAAAUCCUUGUCUCAGUUCAACUACUGAAGCCUUCCGCUUCCUCCGAAACACAGCUGCAGAAGUACCAGAAAACCAGAUAAUGAUUAUGGAUUGUGGAAUUGUGGAUCAGGUUUUAGAAAUUAUCACUGCUCUUUUGAAACCAAAAUACCAAGAAUCAACUAAGGAAGAUGGACAGUUUGUUAAAGAAUCCAUCAAAAGUGGUCUCCAGAUGAUUGGUAACCUUGUUGUCAAAAACAACAGAACUCAAGAGCAUGUUUGGAAGAAAUGCUUUCCCUCUUUUUUCAUGGAGUUGUUCUCCUCGGCAUGUUAUCAAGCACAGGAGGCCGUAUGCAUGGUGAUAUUCAAUUGUUUGUCAGAACAAACCAGGGCUCAACUUGUGGACAGCUAUGAGGGAAAUAAAGUCCUGUCUUAUGUGCUGCACUUGUGUGCGGAUCACAAGGAUCUAGAUUGGGGAUAUUUCAUCUUUGAUGAGCUUCAAAAGAAUGGACAAAUGCCUGACUUGUACCGAGGACUUGUGUUUGACCCUGGUGCCAGAAUAAUUCUUCUUGAUCUAAUUGGGGCCCAACUUUCAGGGGCUACCCCAAAAAUGAUGUCAGGGUUAGAUGGGAUGGCAAAUAUAUCUGCUGCUGGCUUCUCAGAGGAGUCCUUACUAUUCUUAUCAAGAGAGUUUGAAGAGAAUUGCAACAUCUGUAUUUUCCAAGAGCACAAGGAGGAUUCAGAAGCUGAACAUAUUCUUGAUGCUCUGGUAAUAUCUCGUCUCCUUAGACUUCUGUGCACCGUGUCUGGUCUGCACUCUUCGCCUUUACAAGAUCGGCCUGCUCUUCUCCAUGCAGCAAUAGAGCUUCUACACGAAACAAACAAAGAGGAAAACCGUGAAGCAUUCUGUCGAACCAGCCACGUGCCACAAGGUGCUGAUUCAGGUGACCUGAGCCCGAGUCAUGGGUUCAAGCGUGACUUGGUGCGACUUGUGGGUAACCUGUGUUACAGACAUCGUGUUAAUCAGGACAAGACGCGAGAGCUUGACGGGCUCCCAUUAAUACUGGACCACUGCAACGUAGACGACUACAACCCAUACAUUUGCCAAUGGGCAGUAUUUGCCCUAAGAAACCUACUCGAGAAUAACCAGGCGAAUCAACAACUGAUUGCUUCACUGGACAACCGAGGUCUGGCGAGCUCCGACCGGAUACGAGAGUUUGGCGUUACCGUCACAGAGACCCCUGAUGGUACGAUACGGAUAGCUCCUCUAAAAGAGUGAUGCCUCAAUGGACAACUGAGGUCUGGCGAGCUCCGACCGGAUACGAGAGUUUGGCGUUACCGUCACAGAGACCCCUGAUGGUACGAUACGGAUAGCUCCUCUAAAAGAGUGAUGCCUCAAUGAACAACCGAGGUCUGGGGAACUCCGAAAGCCUCCUAGAGUUUGGAUUACUACCACAGGAACCCCCUGACGUACGAUACCGAUAGCUCCACUAAAACCUUUUGCGAAAGAAUAAUGCCUCAAUGGACAAGCCAGGUCUGGGGAGCUCCGAAAGUCUCCGCGAGCUGGGCUUACUAACACAGGAACCCCCUGACGGUACGAUUUGGAUAGUUCGAGCAGUUCGUAUUGUAUACCGUCACCGCAACAAACAAAGAAAAAAAUGAGAGAUUGUUAAAAAAAAAAAAAAAAAUAUAUAGUAAAAAGGUUCAAAACGUUUUUAUUGUAAAAGUAUUUGGAUAUAAACAUGGUUUGCAUUUUAAGAAACAUGUGUUGCUAUGGUAGCAAAAUGUAUAUAUCUUUUACCUCUUGAUUAUUUUUCUUAACUACUUAGAAAUACUGGCUUCCUCAAAAGUUAUGCAAGGACAGAAUAUAGAAUAGAAUAUAGUCGUCAUACAUUAUUAUGCCUACAGCAAGUUGUCUCCUUGGAGUGAAAUGAAUGCAGAAUUUCCAUGUCUCAUUAUACCGUAAAAAAACUGAAUAGUCAUCAGAAAAAAAAGCAGAUGGCGAGGGCAUAAUAAAGACCAAUUUCCCUAA